AGCACAGAAUCUCAGAAAUCUCUCUAAAGGUUUUAUUAGUUUAAGAAAUAAAGGUAAGUGAUUUACAGCAGUGAAAGAGAUUUUACAGCAGUAAAGUUCUACUGUUUCCGUGGAAACAUAGGAGUGCUCUGCUCUCUCAUCCUCUUAUUGUUUUGGCGAGAACUUCACUUAACGGAAACCUCAAGGAGAAGACUAAAGGGUGUUUCGUAAAACUGUUUUUAGUCGAAGGAAAUCUUAAGGUGUUUUAUGCAACAAUUGAACCGGCUUUAAAAUGAUUCCUUAAGUUUAAGACUAAGAAAAGGAGAAAACCUUAAACACUUAAAGGAACAUUAAGGAGAAGAGUUAAGAGUGUUUUGUGCAACUGUCAUUAUUUUAAGUUAAUCUUAACUUAAGGUGUUUUGUGCAGCCGGCCUCUGAACCUUUACCUUUUGCCAAUACAAGUAAAAUUUGAUAAGUUUUAUCCACUAAAUGCUCUGAAAGUUUUCAGAAUAAAAGCUUCAGCAGCAGUUUGUUGUCGUAGCUGCUGCAGGUGGUUUUAACGACUUCGUCCAGGAAUCUCGUCUCAGAUCUGAACCGAUGAUGUCAUCACCACUGAGAAUACAUGUCCAUAAAUCUGCUUUCCUUCAGUGACACGGUGAUCCAGUGACAGGUGUCUGAAGGUCCAUGGCGACACUGCAAACAGGAAGUGAUCACUGCUAAUUUUGCACACUUUUAAUGAUGCUCAAAUUUAUCUCCCAUGAUGCUUUUUGUCCCACAAAACACGCGAUGUGUCAGUGUUGACAGGAGUCUCAUAUCGACACACUCAGCUGAACUCUUAUCACACUUCCUGCCUCAGUACACACACACACACACACACACACACACACACACACACACACACACACACACACACACACAGAGUCGCUGGAUUCCUCUUGUCUUUCUUGGUUUCUCCUCAGACUGACACACACAGUCUUUCAGGAGCUGAGGGUCUUUUUCACAAUGCAGUUCUUCCUCCUCCUCCUCUUCCUCCUGUCUCACGUUGCCACGGUUACAGCGGUGGCCGGUUGCCUCAGCGGCAGGGACAAGGACCACCGGCCGAAGGAGAACUGCACGGCGGCCGGCUUCAGCGACAUCCCGGCGGGACUCGAACCCACGACCAAGGUUCUGUUGUUUCCCAGGAACCUGUUCUCCAGCCUGUCCUGGUCCUCCUAUCAGAGUUUUACAGAGAUCUAUGAGAUCGACCUCACGGGCAACAAGGUUCCGGUGGUGACCCCCAGCACCGGCCCCAUCCUGCCCACUCUCUCCGUUCUCCGGCUGGGGUCCAACCUUCUGACGUCCCUCUCUGACGCCGCCUUCUCCGCCUGUCCCGCUCUGACCGAACUGCACCUGGAGAGCAACAACAUCCGCUCCCUGAGCGACCACACCUUCUCCGGACUCAGCAAACUGGAGAUCCUGGACCUGUCGUCCAAUCAUAUCAAGGUGCUUCCCCAGCUCAUGCUCCACCCCCUUCCAGCCAUAGAAACCCUCUACCUGGAGAUCAACAAGAUCAGAGUGAUGCCAGAUGAAUGGUUCAUCAUGAAAGAGGAGGUGCCGUAUCUCUACCUCUCGGCCAAUCCCUGGGCCUGCUCCUGUUCCCUUAGUUACUUGCAUAAAUACCUUGGAGAGUACGAAUUCAACGUCUACGUCCGGGAUGGCGUGGUCAUCAAUAGCGACGCGGAGAGCGUGGUGUGUGACUCUCCACCGGUGCAUAAGGGUAAACCUGUUCUGAACCUGGAGGAAUCUGAUCUGUGUUCGGGUCCAACUGGUGACUUCUACCAGCCACCAAUCACUGACGCUGUUACUCCUACACCUGCUCCUACACUUCCUCCGACACCUGCUCCUACACUUCCUCCUACACUUCCUCCAACACUUCCUCCUAAACUUCCUCCAACACUUCCUCCUACACUUCCUCCUACACCUGCUCCGACACCUCCUCCUACACCUGCUCUGACACUUCCUCCUACACUUCCUCCUACACUUCCUCCUACACCUCCUCCUACACCUGCUCCGACACCUCCUCCUACACCUGCUGCUCCAACACUUCCUCUGACACCUCCUCCUACACUUCCUCCUAUGCUUCCUCCUAAACUUCCUCCAACACUUCCUCCUACACUUCCUCCUACACUUCCUCCUACACCUGCUGCUCCUAUUGCUCCCACAGAAGUUGUGUUACAACUCCAGACCGUGUACCACAGAGUCGUCACCUGGUCCUGGCAUCAAACCUUCACCCGUUUCGUUGAAUGGUCGGAGGCGGAGACCAGAGCGGACAGGUCAUUAGUUCGGUCACAUGCUUCGGUUACUCAUCCCUCUCUUCCUACUGUUAGACCUUCAACCGAACGUCCCAUCGCCGUCCCGGCUGUCGUGUCGACACCAAAACUGAUCGAUGACGUCGGCGGUUUCCAGCGGCUUGGUAGAAGUAGCGCCGGGACUGCAGGCGUGUUCUGUUUUUGGCUCUUCGUAGUGUACGUGUUGCUGUGCGUGGCGUUGGCGGCGUGCAUCGUGGCGACUGUGGUGAAGCUAGCGGUCUGGUACAGGAGGGUGUACAAGCCGCUGAGUGCGGCGCUGGCGAGGAGGGGAAGAGGAAGUGAGGGAGUGGGGCUGUUAACAUACAGCAGGAGCGGAGGGAAGGAGGUGGUAGGAGGAGGAGGAGGAGGAGGAGGAGUGAUGGCGCUUGUCACUCUGGAGCCGACAGGAAGAGGAGAGAGAGAAGAUGAAGGAGGAAGAGGAGGGAGGGAGGAGAGAGGAGUGUACAGGAAGACGAUGUACCGCCUGUUGAGCAAAGAGGAGGAGAUAGACGGAUGGAGGGAUGUGAUGGAGGAGUGUCGGGUCUCUGCAGAAGAUGGAGGGAGGGGGAGCGGAGGGGAGAAAGAUGGAGGGAUGGAUAAACAGAGGAGUGGAGGAGGAGGAGGAGGAGGAGCAGCCGCUAUUUCCAGGAAGCGUUACAGCGUGAUUCUGAGGGAGGAGAGGGGUGAGGCGGGGGGAGAGAGGGAGGAGCUGGACUGGGUGGUCGGUGGUUGGGAGGUAAAAAGAGGAGGAGAAGAAGAAGAAGGGGGGGUGGGGGAGGAGCCCAGGAGCAGCUGGGGGGAGUGGCUGGCACACUACUUACCCAGCAUGCCCUGGGGGGUGACCAUGCCUCCUGAGGGGGAGGCGGCUCAGUGACGUCUGUUUUUAAAAGUCGAUAUCUCUGUUUCGUACGAAGCUUUAUCGAUACAUCAUUGGUUAUUGAUUUGCGUGCUGCACAGGUACUUCCUGAAGGGGCGGGGCUAAAGAACCCUGUUGAGCUGUGUCUUAUAUAUUUGUAUAAAUUAAAUAUAUGCACAUAUAUUACACUCCCGUAUGAUUUUUCUCUUACGUAUUUCCUUCAGCUUUUGUCCCUUUUAUUGACGAAACCAUCAUUUACUCACAGACAUUUAGAAACAGUUUUAAUUCUAAUCUGAAAAACGUGUUUCCAGAUAUGAAUUUAUAUAUUUAAUGGCAAGUAUUUUUGUAUUUGUAUUGUGUUUCUCCUUCUGUUGUUUGUGCUGAUGACUCACUCCACAAUAAACAAGAUGAUUAUUGAUGAA